AACUCUAUUCUUUCGUUAAUUUUGCGUUCACGCUGACGAUGUCCGUCUCGGGUCAAAAUUUUAGAGCUAAUUAAAUAAAUCUAUAUUUAUUAUGUUGCAAUAACAAUAAAUUGUUGGAUCGUACAACAUACAUAGCGGACAUCGGCAAUUUGAGAUAAUUUUAAGCUUAGCCAAACAAAUUUGAAAUUUGGAGAAAAACGAGAAAUAGCAUUUUUCCAUUGCGUGUGUGUGUGUGUGAAGUGUACACACGAAAUUGAAAUUGUUGCUGAGUCAAAACGAAGACGAAACGAAAGAGAGAAAUUUGAACACGCGUAAGCGAUUGUUGUUGUUGUUGAUUAGUUAUUAUUGCUGCGGAUGGAAGACGUCAUUGAAAUAAGCGAUAGCGAGCGUGAGGAAACCUCAUCAACCUCUGAAAUGGAAGUGGAUCUCCAAGAAGUUCCCGAUGCAGAGCAAAUAGUGCCAAAGGACGCGGCAACCAUUGCUGAAGAAAAGAAGAAACUGGGCAACGAUCAAUACAAGGCACAAAAUUAUCAAAACGCUCUCAAAUUAUAUUCGGAUGCAAUUUCGCUAUGCCCAGACUCAGCUGCCUAUUAUGGAAACCGCGCUGCCUGCUACAUGAUGCUCCUCAAUUACAACAGUGCCCUCAAUGAUGCCCGACAUGCUAUUCGCCUGGAUCCCAACUUUGAGAAGGCGUACGUGCGUGUUGCCAAAUGUUGCCUGGCAUUGGGCGAUAUUAUUGGCACCGAGCAGGCCGUCAAGACCGUCACGGAGCUGGAACCGCAGAGCACGGCGCUGAGCACCGAGCAGCAGUCGGCGCAGAAGCUACGACAACUGGAAACCACCAUACAGAGCAACUACGAUGGACAGGCUUAUCGUAAUGUGGUUUACUAUCUGGACAGUGCACUUAAAAUUGCUCCCGCUUGCCUUCGCUAUCGUCUGCUCAAGGCCGAGUGUCUGGCUUACUUGGGACGCUGCGAUGAGGCAUUGGACAUCGCUGUGGGCGUCAUGAAACUGGACAGCACCUCUGCAGAUGCCAUCUAUGUGCGCGGUCUGUGUCUUUACUAUACGGACAAUCUGGACAAGGGCAUUUUGCAUUUUGAGCGUGCACUGCAAUUGGAUCCGGAUCAUCACAAGUCCAAGCAAAUGCGCAACAAGUGCAAGCAGCUCAAGGAGAUGAAGGAAAAUGGAAAUAUGUUAUUUAAAUCGGGAAGGUAUCGUGAGGCGCAUGUCAUCUACACGGAUGCGCUCAAGAUCGAUGAACACAACAAGGAUAUCAACUCAAAGCUGCUCUACAAUCGGGCGCUAGUCAACACACGCAUCAGCGCAUUACGCGAGGCAGUUGCUGACUGCAAUCGUGUCCUGGAACUGAAUGCACAGUAUCUGAAGGCGUUGCUGUUGCGGGCCCGCUGUCACAAUGAUCUGGAGAAGUACGAGGAGGCAGUGGCCGACUAUGAGACGGCAUUGCAGCUGGAGAAGACGCCGGAGAUAAAACGUUUGUUGCGUGAUGCAAAGUUUGCCUUAAAGAAAUCGAAGCGUAAGGAUUACUACAAGAUUUUGGGCAUUGCACGCAAUGCCAAUGAGGAUGAGAUUAAGAAGGCGUAUCGCAAGAAGGCUCUGGUUCAUCAUCCAGACAGACAUGCUGGCAGCAGUCUGGAAGUGCGUCAGGAUGAGGAGAUCAAGUUCAAGGAAGUUGGCGAAGCAUACGCUAUACUCUCGGAUGCACGCAAAAAGGCGCGCUACGACAGCGGACAGGACAUUGAGGAGCAAGAGCAGGCUGACUUCGAUCCGGAUCAAAUGUUCCGCUCCUUCUUCCAAUUCAGCGGUGGACGCAAUUCCUCCUUCAACUUCGAGUACUAAGCCUUUAGGACAGCAUAUGAUGACUCUGACGAUGACUACAAUUGACAAUUGUGCAGACCAGCCUGUCAUCGCCACACAGAUCACAGCAUUAUACAUUUGCGGCAACUCACGCACAAGUCAAAGUUAAUGCAUUUUACACAUUUAUUUUGUUUUGUCUAAACUCAAUUGAUUCAUCAGUUUCAUAAACUUAUUUCUUGAUUUUUCAUUUCCGUUUUUUUUUUUUGCUUUGAUUUCUUAAAAGCUCCAAUUGUUUCUAUUUAGGCAUACACAAAUAGUUUAAAUAUUAAUAAAUUGUAAAAUACUUAAAUUCUUGUGAUGUGGAGUGAUGAUUUCUGAGUCUGGACAAGUUAUUGUGUCUGCGCCACGUCACGUUCAACGGCUUUCUAACACCUAAUUAAUUGAUAAUUAAGCCGUAGCCUUUUUUAAUUAAUCAAUUUAAUUUGUUUUAAGGAGACACAUAAGUUUUAUUUUUAAGCCGAUGUUUUAAGAAACAAAUUUCAAUAGCAAACGCAAUUAAUCUUGUGUAAUUGUUACGAUAGACACAAAACUGAAAUUAAAAACACAAUAGUUUUAAACUGAAAUAUA